AUGCCGGGCACCGCCGCUGCCCCGCUCCCCCGCCCGCAGCGCCGCGCCCGGGCCGCGCCCCAGGAGCGCCGGCGGAGGGUGGCCCCGCUGGCCGCGGCCCCGCCGGGCCGGGACGAGCCGCUCCUCAGGGGCAUCUUCGAGAUCGACAAGAGGAGCUGCGACGUGGUUCUGAGCGCCCGGCGGCUCCGCUGGAGCCCCAUCCUGCCCGAGAGCCCCACAGGUGAUUCCAGUGUGGCUUUACAGGCUCAAGAGGAAAUGAUUGAAAUGAGAGAUGUAUUUUCAGUAAAACUGAAACGUCGUCGUUUUGCAGGGCAGAAAAAAGGUGGUACUUUGUUGGGUAUCACAAUUUUUAAAUGCCUGAAUAAAGAAGAGAAUAAACUUACAGACUGUGCUGUCCAUUUAAAUAAUUUAAGUGAAGAUCAUUGUCAGUCAUGGUUUAGACAUCUGAAGGAAAUUCUGAAUGGCUUUCAAAACAGACCUAAAUCCUUGAAAGUGUUUGUUAAUCCAAGCAGCCACAAAAAAGAAGCCACUCACAUUUAUUAUGAAAAAGUUGCACCUCUUUUUAAACUUGCUGACAUAAAAACUGAUGUCACAGUAACUGAAUAUGAAGGACAUGCUCUCUCAGUACUUAAAGAAUGUGAACUGCAGGCAUUUGAUGGGGUGGUUUGUGUUGGUGGAGAUGGAUCUGUCAGUGAAGUUGCUCAUGGGCUAAUACUCAGAGCUCAGAUAGAUGCUGGGAAAGACACAGACUAUGUAUCCAAGCCUGUCAGAGCCCCCAUUCCUCUUGGAGUAAUACCAGCAGGUACUACAAAUAUUUUGGCCCAUACACUCUAUGGUAUUAAACAUGCAGUGACAGCAACAUUGCACAUUAUAAUGGGACACAUUCAAGCAGUAGAUGUGUGUACUUUCAGCACUCCAAGCAAGCUGCUGCGCUUUGGGUUCUCGGCCAUGUUCGGGUUUGGGGCCAGGACUUUGGCUUUGGCUGAGAAACACCGCUGGAUGCCCUCCAGCCAGAGGAAGGAUUUUGCUUUCAUCAAAACACUGGCAGAUCUCAAGCCAGAGGAAUGUGAAUUAUCAUUUCUCCCUCUACAAAUUCUGCAGGAAGAUUCUCAUGAGGACAGAAAGAAGAAAGAGAGAACAGAAAAAAGUAGCAAGGAUCAAUGGCAGAAAAUUCAGGGUCACUUCCUGAAUGUGAGCAUUAUGGCAAUCCCUUGUCUGUGUUCAAUGGCACCAAGAGGCUUGGCACCUAAUACGAGGUUGAAUAAUGGAAGCAUGGCUCUUAUUGUUGUACAAAAUACUUCUCGAUCAGAGUUUAUAAAGCAUCUGAAAAGAUACACCAGUGUAAAGAAUCAGUUCAAUUUUCCCUUUGUUGAGACCUACACUGUUCGAGAAGUAAAAGUACAACCAAGGCUUAAAAGUGGACCUGAUGCCAAGGAAAAUGUGUGUCUGAAUACAGAAGGAAACUACCCUUGGAAUAUAGAUGGAGACCUAAUGAAGGAAGCAUCAGAAGUUCAUGUUCGGGUGCAUCCUCAACUUAUUGAUCUCUAUGGAGUGAACACUGAUGACCUGGAGAGUUCCCAAGUGACAUGCAACUGCAUCUAGAAGGGACACACUGGAAAUUCUGUAAUAAAGAAUCCUGUUCUCAGCCCUAUGCACAGCUUUCCAAGGUCUGGGCUUGUACAGAUGCCAGUUGUAGCAGAUGCUUAAUUGGGAUGUUUGUUCUAUAUCUGUAUUUAAAUUCUUACUAAAUAUCAUAUUUUUAUCAGGUUCUAUUUAGCUGUAUUGAAGCUGUUUAGGUUUAACAAGAAAAAAUGAAAAUUGAUUAUAUUGGUCUCUUACAAAUUUCGGGUUUGAGAAGUGUCCAUCAGAAUAGAAUUUUUUUUUGCAGUAGUCUAGAUUUUUUUACAAUGAGAUACUUUUAAGUCUGCUGCUGCUAUCCGUGUUGUCAGGUAACUCAGUUCAGCACAGAGAAGAACUAUACCUCUACUCACCAGCUCUAGCUGAAGAGUGGUGGCAAAAUAAAAAUGCAUUUAUUUUUUUAAUCAAAUACUUCUGUUUCUAGUUGUGAUUUUUAAUGUUGCCUUAAUAUAUUUGCUCUCAAAAUGUUUCUAAUCAAAUAACAGAAUAUGCUGAUAUCCUAUAUGGCUUUCCUUUGUCAAAAUGUAUUUUAAAAAACUGCUCUUUGUAUAAAAUUAAUAUUUUCUCUGUGUUAGAACUGAAAUGUUAUUCAGCAUAGUUUUUGUUGUUGCUGAGACUAAAGUUGUGAUAAAUAACUUAAGAGUUGACUUAAAAUUUUUAUAAUUUCCAUGUAGGGCAUAAACAUAAUUUUAUAGUGUUUGGCUUUUUUGUAAUUUACUUAAUAUUGUAGACAAUUAUUUCAGAGGACAGCACAUUAAGGCUGUAUUGUUUCUGGGAACUGGCUUCCUUGGAGAUGAAAAGCAGCAGACUGUGUUUUUCCAUCAGCAGGACCGUGGAUAGCGAAUGUUUUGCUGUCACUCCUCUAGGAGCCCUUCAGUGCUCCAACAGUGGUGUGAAAGCUGCACUGUGUCAGGGCAAGAAGGACUUGUUUGAGAUGCUUUCUGCAGGAAGCAGUCAAGUGUAAUGCCAAGUCCAGUCCUUGUAUCGUGCUGCCAAGCACUAUGAUUUUAAAUAGUUGUAAAUUUCUUAUCUGUGAUAAAUACACAGGACUAAGUACUGCAUCUAAAGUACUGCAGAUGAGGAUUUGGCUCCUUAACCUAAGCUGUUACCUGUUGUCCAAGUCACAAGGAGCCAUCUCCACUUAAAAUACAUAUUCUGUCCCAUCAAAUAUUUUUAACAUGCUAAGGCAAUUCAAACUAAGCUUAAGUUGUCUAAAAAGGGAUUCCAGCAACAUUUAGUAGAUUUAACUGUUAUUUAUUAAAUGAAAUUUAACAAAAGAAUUGAACUUGCAGAACAAACAGCAUUUGUUUAACUUGUUUGGGUUUUUUUAAUAAAAUGCAAUUGAGUAAUACUUUAUAAUCUUGCCACCAUCAGGACACUGUACAUCUUUUGUCAACCUGGUUUAUAAAAGCUUCAUAAUUUUGCUUCUUAUUCUAAGAAAAUGCAGCCAACAUUUACAUGUUAACAAUCAAAUCUGAAUAGAAAGUGUACAAUUUCCAAGGCAUCAUUAUCACAUGUACUGACUUAUGUAAACUAUUUCAAAGAUAAAUAAAAUGCUUUGGUUUCA